AUGAAGGAGGGAAAGAAGGAGAAAUUUAUUGCUCUGAAAAACUCACAAAAUGAUGCGACUCAGGAGGAGGAUGAAAUGGCCUAUGUUACUAAAAGGUUUCAGAAAAUCAUCAAGAAACAUGACGUAUUUCAAAAGAAGGCUUCGACCAGCAGAGCAGCAAACACAAAUGACCUUUGUCAUAAAUGUGGCAAACCUGGUCAUUUUAUGAGGGACUGUCCCAGCCAGAAGCAGGAAACUCAGGACUUCAGACCUCGCAAGAGGGACCUGGUCCCAGACAGUGCUCGGAAAAAGGCUCAUGUUGAUCAGUUGGUGAGAAAAGCCCUUGCUGUAUGGGGAAAUGAUUCAAGUGAGUCAGAAGAAGAUGCAGAAAGUUAUGAAGAUGUUUCAAUGAUGGCUAUUAAAGAUGAUGAAAAUGUCUUCAAUUCCAUCUUCUCAUUAAUGGCAAAGUCUGAUGAUGAAGAGGAUCUAAAUGAGGUAACUCUUUUUGACCUUAAAGAUGAUCUAGAUACUCUUCUCAUUAAAAAUUUGAGGAAACUUGCUGCAUUGCUUAUUGACUCUGUUGAUGAACGUACCACUGAAAACUUAAUGUUGAAUGAAAAAAUAAGUUUGUGUAAGGAUGAGAACUCUGCUCUCAUGUCUCAAGUUUCUGAAAUGAGUGUAAGAAUAGGGACUCUAGAAACGAACAACAUUAUACCUGAAGAGGACCCUAGUACCUCAGUAGGUGGAAAGAGAAAGCUUAGCAUCUUUGAGGAAGAACUGGAAGAAAAGCUUAAAAUCCUUGAGUCCAAGUUAGUUGCUUCUCUUGAAACAAAUUCUCAACUGAGAAAGGAUCUGAGUAAGGUCAAGGAGAAGUUAAGUCACUCUCUAAAAUGGACUGACUCUUCUAAGAUACUUUCUAAUCUGUCUAAUCAGAGCUUCAAUGGAAAGAAAGGGUUGGGACGUAGACCAAUAGAACCUCAUUAUAAUCCUCAUAGCAAAUAUGUGUCUGUAUCUGACAAUUUGUUGUGCACUCACUGUGGGCGUAAUGGUCAUCUAAAAGAAAAGUGUGAGACUUUGAGAAAAGCAAAAGAAAAGCAUGAGAAAUUUGUCAGAUCUGAAAAAAAUGAUAAAAGGGAACUCAAGGGACCUGGUCCUUGUUAUCGUUUCAGUAAGAACACUUUGCCCCCCUGGACAGGAAGGUUUCUUAUUAAGCCCUUUGAUAGUUAUUGGGAACUCCGUCUGAAGUGGGUUCCCAAGUCUAAUAAGUGA